AUGGCUGAAGGGAAUGAGGAUGCCAUGGAGCAAUUCCUCAACACAUCAUUUGAGCCUGUCACUGAUGCCAUCAUCAUUCCACCAAUCCAGGCCAACAAUUUUGAAGUUCAUCCGACCUUCCUGCAGCUGUUCCAGAGUAAUCAAUUUUCAGGGGAAGACGACCAUGAUCCCAAUCUUCACGUGUCUGGAUUUUUGGAACUAUGUCGUCUUCACAAGCAUAAUGGUGUUAGCACUGAUGCUAUCCGUUUGAUACUGUUUCCUUUUACACUGAAAGGAAAAGCAAAGGAAUGGCUAAGGAAUGAACCGGAAAGAAGCAUCACUUCAUGGGAUGAUUUGCGAGAGAUUGACCAUUUCUCUCAGAAUGAUGGUGAAUCUUUUGGAGCGGCUUGGAAGAGAUUCAAAGGCUUAUUGACCGCUUGCCCACAAUAUGCUCUUCAAGCGGGAGAUAAGGUAAGGCUCUUCUACCAUGGUAUAUGCCCUGCUGAUAGAAAAUUUCUGAAUGCAGCUGUUAAUGGAUCAUUUGUAAACAAAGAUCCGGCUGCAUCUUUACAACUCAUUGAAGAAUUAGCUGCUGAAGAAAAUGAGGAUGUACCUAGCUCCAAAAGAGGCAUUCUGCAAGUGGAUAGACUUGACAUCUUGUUGACUGGUCAACAGAGUUUGUAG